AUGAACAUCGCCGACCUGCUGUGUGCGCCCGUCGAGGUGGCGGCCUCUCCGUUGCGUCCAGCUCAGCCGCCACGCAUCGUAGCGACCUGUGAACCCCCACGACCCAAACCCAAGAAGCGCCAGAGCUACAAACCCGUGCCCGACGACCAGCGCACGCGUCCGUACCGCAUGAGCAAGGCCCAGAAGAAGAGCCGCAGCGACUACGAGGAGCACGAGUCCAAGGUGUUCAACCUGACGCUGGACAUCAACGACCUCAAGCAGCAGGUGCAGUACCUGCUCGAGUGUCGCGACAUCCAGGUCACGUGUCUGCUGCAGACCCGCCAACGACUCGAGACGUUGGUGCUGGGGACGGUCGACAGGAUUCUGUUCGGCGGCGGCGAGAAACCGCGCUCGGGGGACGAAGGCUGCAGCUUCUCGCGCAUGUUCAUGGAGCAGUCGGACGGAGCCGCGCCCCCCAACGGCGUCUACGAGUUCAGUCUGCAGCUCGACAAGCCCAACUUCAACCACCGCUCGUGCACCAUUGCCACCACUCAAGUCAUGGUGUUCGUAGAGGAGGAUCCUGAAGGAGACAAUCAAGAAGCUGCAGAGGUCCGGAAGAUCUGCGGCGAGCCUGGGGGCUGUCUCGUUGAGGUGGUCGGGGAGUUCACGGGGCGAUUCACGCGGCAGAUCAUCGUCUCCAUGUUCCCGCACGUGCUGAGCGACGAGAUGAUGGUGGCGAGGAUAAUCGGGCUCAGUAUCACGUGUCCGGCUCGGCUGCUGCUGUAUUUCAACGCGCACAGAACCAUCGUGCGGCAAAUUGCACAGGCCGAUGUGUUCGCUGCACUUGCUGCGUUGCAGCAGGCCAAGCCUGUUGAAUUCGCUGCGAUCAUGGGCGCUGCAGCCGCAUAG